AUGAGCUCGCACUAUCUCAAUUCCUGUGUGAAAGUGCCCAUCGACCCGUGCAACAACUGUCCUGCUCCGGUCUACAAUCGCCCCAAGCUCUGUUCCCUAGGUGGAAAGAAGCAUCCGGAUACAGCUCCUAUUGCAUCCCCGGAGGCGGAGACCCCUGCGUGGAGCAGCCAGAUGGGUGUCAGGUCUUUAGCAAAAUUCUACGACAGUAUACCCGACUACUGUGAUGUGAAGCACCUCCACCAGGCGGAGUUCUACUCCACACUGGAGAGCCUACGAAGCACCAGCCGUGAACUGCGAUCCCAGCCAGCUGCUGCACCAACUCAACGAUGUGCUAGUGCUAGCAGCAGCUCUUUGGGCCAUGGAAAGUCCAAAAAGCGUUCGUCCAAGGGGAAAAAGAUUAAAAAGAGGCCUCUGGUGCUGGAUCCUGUGCCUCCGCCGCCAAUCGUAGUGAUCCCCGAGCAGUCCGCGGGCCAUACGCCCAAUGCCAGUUGCCUUAGCGAGGAGUACGACAAGUGCCUUAGGGAUCUGAGUCGCCUGAAGAGCUUCAAGGAAGACUUUGCCGUGGAGGUGGCCGACUUCAAGAGGUCCCUCAAAAGUUUCGAGGCGGAGUUUCGCAGGCCAAAGUCCACCAGCAGCAAUGGGACUCAAACGCAGACGCACGACAAAAGUCAGACCCAAAACCGCUGCCAGCCGACUGCUAAUCCUGGCCAGCACACUGCUGAACGGGCCAAAUGCCGGAGGGAAAUGCUGCGCAGGUGUUUCAGCGUCAAUGAUCUUCAAGGAACUAACUCAGCACCCAAUUCGAGGCCUUCCAAGCUCCCUCAACCCUCGCUAAGCAACUAUUUCCCACGCAGCAAAGAUGAAGAGGUUCCCAAGAUAGAGAUACAAUCGCCUACCACCUCCUCAAAGCGAAGUAGCAGUGCCUCCACCGCAGGAAGGGGACGAGGAAGACGCGCAAGGGGAAGGAAAUCGAAGGCAUUAUCUGUUCAGAAAGAGGAGAAACCACUGCCACCGCUGAGCAUCUUUGAGUUUCCAGAUCAACCGGUCCAGCGGCGAUCGCCGAGUGUGUCGCCUCUGCACCCGGUUUCGCGUCCAAAUCUGGCGGCCACCUUGAGGGCUGAAGUUUCUAGGAAGAAAGUUAAGGAGCUGAAGAACAAUUGCACCUAUCAUGAUCCCCGCCCGCAAUUCGACUGGGAGGUCCGAAAGACGCCUGCCUGGAAGUCGCUGUCCUUGAACGAAUCCCACAAGGCUUUGUUAUCCAUCCGACUGGCCACCCGGAAGGCAGAGCAGGCUUUCCAAGAGCGUCAGUACGAACUGCAUAUGGAAAUGAUGCGUCAGAGGGUCAAGUCCGCUCCGCUUCUUCUCGAGGGACCCACCUUCUGGGGCCCGGAGGUGGGCAAGUUAACCCACACCUGCCGCAGCGAGGAAAUGCGCCACUCCUGCGAGGGCAGCCGGCAGCGGAGGAAGAAGAAAUCAGAGUGCCCUGCGCCGGAUGCAGAUACCAAGAUGCAGCAGCUGCGCAAGAUCUAUGGGUCAGAGAAGUCCUGCUCGAGACAGUCGCAAAGGAGCAAGCGAUCCGGAAGAAGGCCACAGGGUCUGGCCACCGAGACGCCCAGCCACGACAGCGGCGACGACCUGUGCAGCGUGGACCGAGCUUUCCUCUAG